CUACUAAUCUACAUUUAAUGUUUCAUAUACAAAUUUUGUUGCACUCGGGCGUCGUAUUUGUGCUUGCAUUAACGUAAUUUCACAUUGGAAAACGGAAAGAUUAAUUUUUUGUAGAUGAUCUAUGCGAUACUAAUUAUGAAUGACCUGGAAUUGUAGGAAUGGGCAGGAAGUAUCGUAUUCUUUGGCGUGGUGAGCCUGUCCUUCUUUUGUGUGAUUGGUUCUCUUUGACAAAGAUAGUGUGGGAGAAAGAAAGUGGGCAGAGCUUUUUCUCCACGUGGGUGUACUGGAUGAGCUGUCGAUUGGUCAGUGGUUACGAUCGUUGCUCAAUUGUGAGUAGUGAUAGGCUGGAAUGGGAAAGGAGGGCGGGCACCUUAUGCCACUCUGAGUGAUACUUUGUAACAUUCUUUAUUGUUGGUUUUUGCAUUGGAGGUGCUUUGAGCAUGGGUACGCGACUGGAGAGUUAUUCAGCUCUAAAUCUAUGAGGCUUUGGCAGUCUAGUACUGAUCUCUCGCUACUACGAAAGCUGACAUCUCCGGGCAUUGGAAAUAAUUAUAAAAUAUAUAUACGAUUGCUACGGAUUUUUGCUUUUGUGGAAUUGGCUUGUUGCAAGACGAACAAUUUUUUGAAGGAAAUCUGUUUGUAAAAGCCUUCAUGUUUAACUCUGGCAUCGAGCCGUCUCUGUAGCAUUUUUAAAUCUGGAAGUGGAUCAUAUACAUCGCUUUGCAGAGCUUGAAAGCGAAGAUUUUUGUUUUUGCUUCAACGAAUGAUACGUGCUAAACCAAUGCGUACUCGUAUUCCGGGAAUACUUUGUAACUGACAAGAGGAAGAAAGAGACGUCGUUAUUAUUGGCUUCACAGAAAACGCAGAUACACAGUACGGUCCGUAAAGUCGGGACAUAGCAAGUGAAAGUGACUGAGAUAUUUUAAACACUUCGUCCUUUUUCCGGUCCAUUAGAGCGGUUAAUAUUUCAGUCAUUUGGCUUCGAACCUGGUACUCUAGCAUUGUCCUUCCCCCAUUCAACACAGGCUAUCGAAUGGACCAACAUCCCACCGCCCGGAGCUGCACUAGUCGCGGAGCUCCGUCCUGCGAGGCCGUCCCAAGCGAGCCCUCCAUGAAUUUGUACAUCCACUCCACCACCGGCACACGCUUUGAGCUCUCCCUUCCACUCGAAGAGACGGUGGAAGGACUGAAGAGGAGGCUUUCUCAAAGACUCAAAGUACCAAAAGAGAGACUUACUCUGCUGCACAAGGAAACGAGGCUCAGUACAGGAAAACUGCAGGACUUGGGCAUCUCUGAUGGGAGUAGGCUUACCCUCGUACCAACUGUUGAAGCAGGCUUAAUGUCCCAAGUAUCAAGACCGGAGCAGUCUGUAAUGCAAGCCUUGGAGAGUUUAACGGAAACUCAGGUCAGCGACUUCCUGUCGGGCCGCUCGCCGCUGACCCUGGCCCUGCGCGUCGGCGAUCACAUGAUGUUCGUGCAGCUGCAGCUGGCGGCUCAGCAGUCCGGCGGCCCGCAGCUGCAGCAUCGGCACGUCAUCGCCCGGGGGGGCCCCGAGGCUGCAGGGGCGUCCGCCGCAGUGCCCGGCAACAGCGGCGCACACGUGCGGCUCCCACAGCAGCCCUACCCCCACCCGCAGGCGCACCCCCCCACCCUCCCACAUGCCCCCCACCUUCACCCGACCCCCGUCUCCUCGGUCAGCCCCUCUGCCUUCCCCGCUUCCAGCCCGGUGCAGGCCAUGCCCCCUGCCUACCCUUCAUCCUCUGCGGGCCAGUGCAGUCCCCCUCCCCGGCUCUCACCUCCCCCCAACGGACUCCUCCGCUCUCACCUCCCCCCGGCUGCGAGCUCCAGCCCCGUCACACCCUGCCCUGAGACUAACUGCAGUGCCAAGGCCCCCAGCAAUAGCAGCCCCCCCAGCACACGGUCCCGCAAGCCGGGUGCCAUCAUCGAGAGCUUUGUCAACCACGCGCCCGGCGUUUUCUCAGGAACAUUCUCUGGCACCCUGCACCCAAACUGCCAGGACAGCAGCGGGCGGCCGCGGCGGGAUAUUGGCACCAUCCUGCAGAUCCUCAAUGACCUCCUGAGCGCCACCCGCCACUACCAGGGCGUGCCAGCCUCGCUGACGCAGCUGCGCUGCCAGACCCAGUGCGGGCCGCCCUCGCCGCCGCCCUCGCCCCCCACACCCGGGCUCGCCGGCCUCUCCGCCAGAGCUACCUCAGUGCCUGCUGCCAGCCCUGCCGUCCUGCACCCCCUGGUUCAGUGCCAGAGCCAGAUCCACAUGUGCAAACCCUCUGGCGACCGGCUGCGGCAGACGGAGAACAGGGCCACGCGCUGCAAGGUGGAGCAGCUGCAGCUGCUGAUGCAGCAGAAGCGGCUGCGGAGGAAGGCGCGGCGGGACUCGCGCGCCCCCUACCCCUGGCUGCCCAACCGCAAGUCGGGCCGCAGCAACAGCAACAGCAGCGUGUCGAGCGACGGCUCCCUCGACCUGGACUUCGACGACUCCGUGUGGAAGCCCGACGUCAAAGCCGACAUGAAGUCAGAGUUCGUCGUGGCGUGACGGAGCGGCGCCGGUGACAGGGACGGGGGACACCAGUCAGAGGCCGUCCACAUGCAUUAAGAGACGAACCUACUUCUCAUUUUUUUGCUUUUUCGACACCUGUGACGACAGACACACAGCAGAAAUGGUUCGAUUUAUAAUUUUUGGUCCCAACUGGCCCUCGAUUUUAUUUUGAAAGAUAUUUAAAAAAGGAUUGCCUGUACUUCAACAUCUACUAAAUUUAAGAGACAGAUGUGUCCUGCCUUACAGAAGCUAAACACGGCUCUACAGUGCUGGAGGGUGUCUUUCCCCCCCCCCCCCCCCCCCCCCCCCCAUUCUAUCUAAUUUUUUUUCUUCCAAGGAGAACAAUGACUGGAAAAAAACCACACGUGACUCUGACGGGGGAUGGAAAUAGGCAGUGGGGUCCCCGUCCUGUACUGGGGGGAGAGGGCAGCCCCCUGUAGCCAUCGCGGUGUCAUUACGGGCAUUCCAGCUCUCACACUCCCCAACCUAAAUUAGCUCAUUUUUAGGGAGGCAUCUCCUUUUGUUAAUUUCCCCAAAAACAGAUAUGUAGCAUUGUUCACGAAGCAUUCAGGUGUAUUACUAACAAACAGACAAACAAAAGUUGUUUCAUUUGCACUUUUCGUUUUUUUCGCCGGGAUUACACAUGGGUCGUGGAUACGAGGGGAAGACAGGAGGUCUUGGGUGGAUGGAUGGAUGGAUGGAUGGAGGAAUGGAGAGAAAUGGGACUUUCAGAGGUGGGACUCUGGACCUCGAAAGCAUUCGUCAAACCGCAACCUCACAGAUUCAGGUUAUAAAUAGGAAUAAUGUGUAGAGUGACUGAUGAAGAGUGCUUUGUGAAGCUUAUUUUGGAAGAAAAAUUUGAUCUCUUCGGAAGCCAUUAAGCAGAUAUGGCUUGGCUCAAGCCAUCUUGUAAUGAAUAGUUAAUGGGUGAUAUAUUUAAUGUAUUCAAUCUUGCCCUGCUUUUGAUCAUGCUUUUUAAGAGAAGGGGAGAAACACCCCGUCAAGCCAGCGCCCUGCUGUAUGGUGCAGGGUCCGUGCCCGAUGCCCUGACUCUCUGCAGGUCCUGGAUGUUGUGCUCUUGUAUGUAUCUUGGGUAACAGGGGUGGGGACGAGAUCAGACUGAUUCGCUGUCUUAAGAACAUUCCCUUUUUGAAAUCCUCCAGCAUAAUAACAAGAGCAAAACGAUUUUCUGUCUUCAGUUUGUUUUUCUUGCACAGAUACGUAAUUGCCCCCCCCCCCACACCCCCGAAAUCUAGGGACUGAGGGUAUGAGUGGGAAUGAAAAUGUACCCUGUUUUCUUUGGAGUGACGUAAAUAAAGCCACACCCUACCCUGUACUGCGA